AUGAUGCAGCACCAGUAUUGGGUAACUAAAAAGACAGUGUUAAAGAAAUUGGGCACUAAAGAAGACGAGUGUAUUGUGGCUUCCGAUGCCGAGCUUGACGCAAAAUUGGAAUUAUUUCGAUCAAUAUCUGAUAGUUGUCUACAGUUACAACGAAUAUUAGACCAAUAUCAAGAACGAGUGUGUGUUUUAGCGCAAGAGGAAGAUUCUUUAGGAAAAUUUUUAAGAGAUGCCGGAAAAACCUCUGAAGCUUCCGGAGAACACAUGGUAUCAGCUGGUAAAGCUAUUUCUUAUUCCGGCCAGCAGCGGUUAUCAGUGAGAGGUCCCUUGCUGCGAUUAUAUCAUGAGGUUGAGACAUUUAGAUGCCGCGCUAUUAAAGAUAUGCGUGCAACAGUUUCUGCUAUGGAAAAGGCUCGUAUUGAAUACCGUGCGGCAUUAAGUUGGAUGAAAUCUACAAGUGCUCAAUUGGACCCAGAUACAGGACGAGGUCUCGAUAAUUUUCGGAAAGCUCAGCGUCAAGUUCGUGAGAGUAAAAAAAUAUUUGAUAAACUUACAUUAGAUGUCUUACAAAAGAUUGAUUUACUAGCUGCAGCACGAUGUAAUAUGUUCUCUCAUGUUUUAUCUACCUAUCAGAAUUCCUUUCUAACCUUCUCAACUAAAGUAUCUCAAACUCUACAAGCUACAAUAGAUAAUAUGAGUGAGGCUCCUCAAUAUGAAUUCUCUGUUCUGAAGAGUCUACAAGAAGAGGAUGUAAACCAAGAAAAAAUGUUUACUGAAGACAAAGACCAGAUGUUAUUUUUCCAGGAUGAUUACAAAGAUGAAAUACCUGAUAAACCUGAAAAUGAAAAUGCAAAAGUUGAAGAUGGAAACGAACCGUCCAGUGAGAACAAGGAAGAGCAAACAACGAUUGAUGAACUUAUUAACACAAAUUUCUUUGAGCACCAAAGCACUCCUGAUAAUCAGAAUAUCAGCUCAGACCUAGCUGGCAUUAAUUUGGAUUGUGGUGACUUACCAGCUAAUUUUGGUUCUUUCAUGCCGUCACAACUUUUACAAGAUUUGAAUCCUGUAAACUUUUUGGAGGGAUCACUUGCACCAAUUCAUCCUAACACUGUUAGUGCGCCGAAAUUACCAAAUCAAUCUGGUAUAAAAUCUGCAAUUGCACCAAAGAAAGAGGACAAAGCAGCCUGGUUCAAGCUUUUUGCUGAACUCGACCCUCUUGCUAAUCCAGAUAAUCUUCCAGGUUCUAACACAAACCAGAGUCAUGCUGCAUGA